CACCCGACUCUUCCCGCUGUCAGCUCGCACUGCAAGAACAAUCCCAAUACCCCUCGCUCCUACAUUCAGGAACGCCAAACGUCAUGUCCGCACGCCUCAUUUGCACAGCUCCUCAGCUGUCCGUCGCAACGCUCAUUAGGCCGAGUGUGCGCUCUACCCACCUCAUUCCCGGCGCGGGGAGCAUUCGUCUUCUCCGAACAUCCAAUGUUGCGAGGGCAGAGACUGCUGUACCAAGGAAUGAGACCGUGGGAGCAGCAGCGCCUGCCAACCCGGCCACGACGACUCAAAGCGGCGAACCCAAAAACAAAAUGCACGGUGCCUACCACUGGGACUUCGAGCGCGCUCUCUCGAUAGCAUCUAUUCCCGUCGUUGUCGCCCCCUUCAUCGUCGGCUCACACCCGUUGGUCGACCUCGCACUCGGAGUCGUCAUUCCACUCCACUCCCACGUCGGAUUCGACGCCUGCAUCACUGAUUACUUUCCCAAGCACCGUGAACCCGUUAUGAACAGGAUCUUCAAAGCGGCUCUUUAUGGCGUGACCGGGUUGAGUCUGUAUGGGUGCUACCAGUUCAACACAAACGACAUCGGGAUCACAGAAUUCUUCAAAAGGCUCUGGGUGGGCAAGCACACCGCUUAAGCAUGCGGCUGUGCAUUAUAUCAUGGAUGUGGAUUGUAUGUUGGGAGUGGGCAAAAUAAAAUACGUAAAAAA